GCUAAGGCUGGGAUCGUGAAAAGAGAACGUUCAAGAAGUUUGCCUUCAGAGGAGUCGAUCUCGAUGCUCUUCUCGACAUGUCUACUGAUGAUCUUGUCAAGCUCUUCAGUUCCCGUAUUCGCAGAAGGUUCUCUAGAGGGUUGACGAGAAAGCCUAUGGCUUUGAUCAAGAAAUUGCGAAAAGCAAAAAGGGAUGCACCAGCUGGUGAAAAGCCAGAAGCAGUGAGAACUCACUUAAGGAACAUGAUCAUAGUGCCAGAAAUGAUUGGAAGCAUCAUUGGUGUAUACAAUGGAAAGACAUUUAACCAAGUCGAAGUCAAGCCUGAGAUGAUUGGUCAUUACUUGGCUGAGUUUUCAAUCUCAUAUAAGCCUGUUAAGCAUGGUAGGCCUGGUGUUGGUGCCACCAAUUCCUCCAGGUUUAUCCCUCUCAAGUGAAUGAUCUCACUCUUCUUAGAGUCAUGUGUUAUGCUCCAAAAUAAGACUGUCGUUGGUUU